AUGUCUGCUUCCUCUGGGUUCCAGGCUAUGCCAGGCUGGUACUGGCCCGACGAUAUGCCCAAGAACGAACCUUCACAUGCAACGCCUUCGUCCGGGUCAUCUUCAUCGCAAUCUCAGCCUCAGCCAUCAAGCACCUCAGCCACUGGCGAAACUCCUUCGGCAGGACAAAGCACACGAUCCAGGCGUACACAUUGGCCACCCAGGCAGUGCAGGAUUUGUCUUGAGACUGUUCAGCCUACCUUCAAUGUCCCUUCGCAGAAUCUCCCCAGCUUCCUGCAGUCAUCCAACGUUGUCUACGAAGACGAUAGCGGGCGCCUGAUCCGGCCGUGUUUGUGCAAAGGCUCCUCGAAAUAUGUUCACGAAGCUUGUCUGCAGGCGUGGCGCCAUGCCGAUCCCGAUUAUGGACGGAGAAACUACUGGCAGUGUCCUACCUGUGGCUUCAAGUACCGACUUGCGCGCUUGGGCGCUGGACGAUUCAUUGGCAGUGUUGCUGCUCAGAUAACCUUGACAGCAUUGAUUCUAAUUUUGAUAGUCUUCUUCCUCGGAUUCUUCGCUGAUCCUAUCAUCAACUUGUAUUUGGACCCAUGGAGUUACCUCACGCCAUGGUCUAGCUGGUCAAGAUCUAGUUACUCCUCUCACUAUGAAGAUGAUGAGCCAAGUACCUGGUAUGAGCACUUUGCGAAAGGCUUCGCCAGUAUGGGUGUGCUUGGUUUUGUAAAAGUUCUAAUAGCCAGUCCGCUUUCCUACUUCAGGAUUGGAGGCGGUCGUGGUCGUACGACCGGUCGCGAUCGGUAUGAGCAGGUCAGUUGGAUCAUCAUCCUGAUCGGCGUAGGCACAUUCCUCGCGGCGGUUUAUAAAGGUGUACGUGUCUGGAGUCGCCGAGCGCUCGAAAAAGCUGGCGAACGAGUUAUGGACGUUCAAGGUGAUGACGAUGACGCAGACGAAUAG